UCGUAAAAGAUCGAAACGAACGAAUUCAUUAUAUAAGUCCCAGCCAUGACAUCCUUUUUGCGCAAAACCCGAGAUAUAUCGCUCGACAUUGCAGUUUCUAGUGUUUAUGCGAUAGUCUACCUCUUUGAAUUUGGCCGUGACCAAGUAGACAAAGUAGCAGUCAUGAUGCGCUCACCACCCGGGAAACAAGACAGCCCGCCACACGCGCCACCAUUCAAAGAGCAGCUCGACCAGAAGGCAGACGAGAGUCGUGCUCGUGAGAAUGGCAGCGGGGGCGAAUCAAUCAUCGAAACUGUUGUUCAUAAGAUCUCGCAAGCCAUUCCAGCUCAAGCGCAUGUCCUUGGAGGGUCAAAUCCAGAUGGCAAGGUGGAAGACGAAGCAGAAGCCGGUCCCCCUCAUCGGCCAGAGAAUGACGUCCAGAUCGAGGAGUUUGUGAGGGAGCAGCAUCGAAGCAAGUUUGCCGGGGAGACCUUGAAUUCUUGAGUUCGUCGAAGUUUUAAGUGGAGAUACAUAGAUAAUAAGCAGUUUAAUCAGACCUAUUUCUUCCCGCUUCAACACAG